AUAAAUUUUUUCAGAAAAAAACAACAAACUAUCCUUCCAAAAUUGCUUAAGAUAUAUGUAUGGAUAAAAUUCUUAAGUAGAAUAAAUGGUUGCUGAAACAAAUUCUUCUGAAUCUAGCGAUAAUGAAAUUAAAAAAAAGAAAAAAAAAAAGAAACUAGUCAUUGAAUCAAGUAGUGAAGGAAAAGAUUCUUCUGAAUCUAGCGAUAAUGAAAUUAAAAAAAAGAAAAAAAAAAAACUAGUCAUUGAAUCAAGUGAUGAAAAAAGAGAUUCUUCUGAAGCUAGUGGUAAUGAACCUGUUAAACCAGUAAAAAGAAUUAAAAAAAUGGUUGUUAAAUCAAGUGAUGAAGGAAGAGAUUCUCCUGAAGCUAGUUAUAAGGAACCUGUUAAAAAAAGAAAAAGAAUGGAGAAAAGAGUUAUUAAGCUAAGUGAAAAAGAAAGAAAAUCUUCUGAAAGUACCAAUACCAAAAAGUCAGACUCAUAUACACCAACAAAAUCAGAAAGUGAUGAUUCUGAAAGAACACAUUUUCCUAAUCAUUCACAGUUCUUAAAAUCAUCUUUUUUUAAAGAAAACUUAAAAAAGAAAAGCAAUCCUUAUAUUUUUGAAAGAAACCAGUACAGAACGGAAUCAGCUACUUUGAUUGAGAAUGAGUAUUGUGAUGAGGAUGAUUACAAUUUUAUUGCAAGUGAUGAAGAAUAUAGGCACAAAAUAAAAUCCAAAAGGCAAAAAAAAAAAACUAAAAAGAGAAGUAAAUUAGAGGUUGAUACACUAAUUGAGAAAAAAAAACUUCGCUCAAGAGAAAAGCAACAAAAUGAUCGUCUUGAAAAACUUAAAACAUUUCGUUUGAUAAAUAAACUUCCAUUUAAUGAACGUUUGAAUUUAAAAAACAAAUUUAAUUCAUGUGAUUCCAGUUCAGAAGACGAGCAAAGCAUUUGUACAGAACAGGGUAGCAACAAUACUGAUGAAGAAUUUAUAGAUGAUAAUAGUAUUGAUAAUAUUUCAGAAUCACAUUCACCUGUUUCUAGUAUUAGUGACAAUGUGGAAGAAACCUUAUUAACAGAAGAGGAACUUUUUUUUUUUAAAAAUGUCUCUAUUAAUAAUUUCACUGCAAUAGAAGAAGCUCUUAAAAUUAAACAAUUUCAAAACUUAAUUAAUAUUAAUGGUCAAACAGCCUUGCAUAUAGCAGCAUUCAAUGGGUAUUCUGAAAUGACUGAUAUUUUGUUAAAUUAUGGUUCAAGCCCAGACCUAACAGAUCAUAAACAAUUUCAACCUCUAGCUUAUGCUGCUCUAAACAAACAUUUUAAUUGCUUUAAGAUAUUGUUUCCCAUUACGAAGUUGAAUUUAAAAAAAAAUGUUUUACAUUUAUUAUCUAGCAAAUGUUUGUUCAAUCGAUAUUUCUUAACAGACUUUUUAAAUUGUUUAGCAUUUUUACAAGAGUAUCAGCUAGAUAAUUUUUACAAAUAUUUAAAUGAAACUGAUGAUCAAGGUUAUACUCCAAUUAUGACUGCCAUAGAUAAUGGUUUGUCAGAGGUAGUGAAAGCUCUUCUUAAGCUUACGUUUGAUUUGCACCAAUACAAUUGGUUUGAAUUUCGAACUGAUGAAGGGGGUACUUUAUUACAUUUUUCAAGUCGAUUUUCUAGUUUUUGUUUGGAAGAAGUUUUACCAUAUUUCAAAGAUUACAUUGAUUUUACUGAUUUAAAUGGCUUUACUCCAUUGAUGUAUGCUUCUGAAGUGGGAAGCGCUGACAGUGUUAGACUUCUUCUUAAAUAUGGUGCUUCAGUAAAUAAAAAGGACAAAAAUGGGGUUACUGCUCUUCAUUUGGCUACUGCUAGUGGUGCUGUUAAUUCAGUUCAAACGCUUCUUGAAUUUGGACAUCAAGUAGAUUGUUUAGAUGAGUAUGGUUGGCCGCCAUUACUAUAUGCAAAUUUUCAAAAUGAUGAAAACUUGGUACUUAUUUUGUUAUCUCAGAAUCCAAAACAAAUAUUUUGUCUUGGGCGCUUACUCUUAGAUGAUUACAGUGAAAAAAAAGAAAAAAAUGCUCAGGUCAUUAGAGAAGUGUUUUUAUCAUUGUCGCAUAUUGAUUCUUAUUACACCCUUUUUAAUGAAUUUAUUGCAUCAAAUCUAUCUUUACUGGAUGAAAAUAACAACACUGUUUUUGCGAGCACAUGGAGAACAAUUCUGAGCUUUAAGAACAAAUUAAACUGGAUGAGAAUGAAACUUGUUAUUUUUAGAACAGACUUGUUAUUGAAUCAAUAUCAUUCAGUUUUGGUAAUAGAUCGCAACAACAUAGUUGAAUCAGCAAUGAGUCAACUUCCAGAGUAUUUCUCUCUUUUUAACAUGAGUAUUCAGUUUAAAGGUGAAAUGGGGUCUUGUCUUGGUCCAAAAAGAGAAUUUGUUGAGUCUUUUGUCAAGCAAAUUUCUUCUCCUGAAAUGAAGCUGUUACAUAAAGGAGACAACAACUGUUAUAUACCUAUUUCUAACAGCUAUUCAUUAUACCAAGUAAAAGAAUUACCAGAGUACAGUGUUUUUAAACAACAAUUAGAGAAAAGAUUGCAGAUAAUAUGUUUUUUUGGAAAAGUUUUGGCCCAAGUUGUUUUGAGCGAAGAAUGUAAUAUUUCCUUGCAAAUUGCAACUGUUCUGGUUAAGCAACUUCUUGGAAAAGUUGAUUCAGGAUUUAUAAAUGAUUUAAAGUCAUUUGAUCAUUUUUUUUAUUCGACUAUAAAAGAUAAUAGUUUGGAUGAGUUGAAAGAAAGCUUUUCAGUUGAACAUGAAAAUUGUUGGACUGGAAAACUCGAAGAGGUAUUUUUAGAUGACGAUAUGGAAAAGCUCAUUACUGAUAGUAAUAAGGAUGAAUACUUGGAUCGUGUUGCUAAAUUUAAAAUGUUUACAUCUAUUAAAAAGGAAAUUGAUGUUUUCAAGCAAGGCUUUUUUUCACAUAUUCCUGCAGAUGUGAUAAGUAUCUUUAAUGUGGACGAAUUUUCUUUGUUGUUAAAUGGAGUGACAAAGAUUGAUGUUCAAGACUGGAAAAAGCAUACAUUGUAUAAAGAUUUGAAUGAACAGUCUACUGUCAUAAAAUGGUUUUGGAAAGCAGUGGAAGAUAUGAUAGAAGAAGAAAAGACUUUGUUACUAAAAUUUUGUACCGCAUCGCCUUGUGUUCCUGUAGGUGGAUUUUCUAACUUCAAGGGUCUCGGUGGGUCAAAUUGGUUCACUAUUCAAAAAUAUUAUGGCAAAGAUAAACUCCCGGAAGCUUCAACUUGUUUCAAUACGUUGCGGUUACCUGAUUACUCAAGCGAAAAGAUACUUCGUAAGAAUCUUUUAAUUGCGGUACGUCAUGGAAAUGAAGGCUUCGCAUUUGUAUGAAUAUUUAUCAAACUUAUGCAUAUGAAACUUAUUUUAUUUCGACUGAGCAUGGGUGUCGUAAACAACAACUGAUGUUUUAUUCCGAUUUCCGAUGCUAUCAAUGCUAUCAAUGAUAAGAGAUAUCUAACAUAGAUGCUAACAAUCAAAAAAAGGAUACGUUAAUUAACUGCCGAUAUCUGCAGAAUAAAUAAUAUUUAAAAUAAAAUAUAUAAAUAAUACAAGUAUUUAAAGUUUUUAAAUAUAAUUUAAUAUGAA